CGGCCUCUCCCCACCUCCUAGGCCAUGUAACCGCCGCCGUCACCAUGGAGCCGCCUGAUAUUAGAGUUCUCCUUUCCCCACCUGAGGAGACUCUGGCUCCUCCACUGCUAAAUGAAACCGUAGACCCUCCCCUGCCCAACUUAACACCAAGACAUCAAGACCUUAUCCCUACACCCUGCGGCCCUAUAAAGCCGUGGUCGGAGCUGUCCUCUCCCGUCAAGAUCUACUUCUGUGUCACCAUCCUCUCGCUGCUGAGCGUCAUUGGAUUAACCGUGGAGAAUCUCGUCCAGCAAACUCACGAAGACUUCACCGUCUCUCUCAUUCAGCUCAUUGGAGUGGUCUUCUGCGUCUACUAUGUAAGCCGGGGAAUCCUACAAGAGAACCGCCAGGAGCUGAUCGUCUUCAUACUCUCCAUCCUGCUGGUCAUGUUGCGUUCCGUCAUCAACUUCACAGUUCUCUCCACUGAGCAAAAGCCACAGUUGAUUGCCCGCUUUGUCCUGAUCCUCUUGGUCGGCGCCUUCGACGUGAUCUGCGCCGUCGUCCUAAUUCAGAGCGAGAGCAUGAUGGCCUUCCGGGUGGGCGGGGCCCUGGAGAGCCUGCAGGCCCAGUAUUUUAUGCUGAACCUUUGCUUUUCCAUGCUGACCUUUGACCUGCAGGCACAGCUCUGCUUGUGUGUCCUUCUUCUCACAACCCUUCAGGAAAUCUCUGUCCUCCACAUCGUCUUCCUGGCAGUCGGGAUUCUCUGGGCUUGCCUGAAAGUGACCUGUGGUAUCAUUGCUAUAUUAAAAGAGUUAAAACCUUUCACUUGGGUUUUCCUGAGUCAAAAUUUACCAGAAGUGGCUUACCUUGCAUACCUGCUGUAUACGGUCAUUCGAGAGUGGGGCCAAGGGAAUUCCUAUGCCCUAGAAGCUGCCGUGGUCACCUGUUCCUGCAUCUCCGUGGCGAUUAAAUGUGUUCUGUUUUGGGCGCUGUUCCAUGUCUACCGCAGUUUUGGGCAAGGGUUGAGAGAGAGGAUGUUUUCUUCCUACGGAAGGAUUGAUUCCUGAAGCACGGUUCCUCUCACCAGGUCCGACAUGGUGCUCUUAUAGAGUGACAUUGUGCCCGGAAGCUCCCCCACCUCCCUGACCCAGUGACCUGAGAAGGGGAGACCACGGGGCAGCUCACAGAAGGAAGGGGCUUCCCAGCAGCGUGUGCUGUCAGGCCUCCACUGGAUCUCUCCUGCCUCACAGCUGGGACUCUUGAUCACAAGGCCAAGUGGCUCACGCUUCAACCUCGCCAUGCUGCUCCCGUCUCUGCUGUUACACCUGGCUUCAAACCAGCUGCCAUGACACCUGCUCGGCAUUUUGUGUGUGUCAAGUUUAGUGACACUCAGAAUGAACUUGGGGCAUUCUUCCUUUCUUGUCAUUCUUGCCUGCUAGUUUCGUAGGCUUGAGCAUGGCGACCGUGGCCCAGUUAGGGUUGGGGAGAACACACCCUCUUUGUGCUCCUGCUGCUGUUUCCGAAGCGUUCUCCUUGCCAGCUGGAGCUGAAAACCUCCCUCUUCAUCUUGCCCAAUAUGACCUUAUCUCCAGGAUGCCCUGCCUACAUUUUCUGUUCAAAAUUACAAGCCCACACACAACCCUGCAUUUCAGGUACCAAACUGAAAUGUGCGUGGCAGGACAAUGGAUGCAAACAAGGGCAGUUAUUUUUAACCCUUCACAUCACUGCAGCACACGCUUGCUUGGCAUUAAUGGCCACACCAGAACCAGAAACACCAAUCCUACUGCUCUUGGAUCAGGACUCCUUGGCCCCAUCUACAGAAGCCACUGUUGCCCAUCCCUUCCUAGUACACCUGGGUCCUUACAGAGCUACCUCGGUGCAGAUUUGCCAAGAGAAGGGGGUGUUCACUGCUAUGAAAUACCUUCGAAGCUCAUAGAAUGCAAUUUCCGUACCAACCUGGUGUUUUAAUUCCGUUCCAUGGAGCAGGCUCAGAGCCACACAAGAAUCCAUAGUUUCAUCUCUUUCUCUCUCUUUUUUUUUUUUUUGGUCCUGCAGUUCACUCAGCCCAGUUUUCUGACUCUCACACAUUGUGAAUAUUCUGCCUGAAGAACACGGACAAGAACUUUGUCUCUUGGAUUGAGGCCAGAUUUCUGGGCAGGGUGCCUUAAACAGGAAAGAUGGGACAUGUGGACUCAACGUUUAGUCCCUGCUGCCUCCAUCCAUCCCCUCCUCCCCUGGAUACUCACCUAGGGACUAUCAGGUAGAGGGUAUUUCGUAUUUCAUUCCUGAGCAGUCUUCAUUGGUUGGCUCUGCCCCGGAGCUCUCCAGAGCCCGUGUUCCCCCAGCCUGGGCUACUUCCAAAGCUGAGCCUUGCAGUCUUGUCUCCCCACUUUUGGAAAAGACACAGGUUUCAUAAGCUGCCCACUGAUGGCCCAGUUUCAUGUCGGUCCGUUGCACCUCACAUUAUUUGACUGCCCACUGUGUAUUUCCCAGUUCCGUCGCAGAAUCGGGCCCCAUUUUACCCCUCAGAAGGAGCAGCCUGUGCUUUUCUCCUUUACGGAAGCUUGCCUCUCAGUCCAGGAACUUCAGCAUCUGUGUGUUUGUGUGGCUUCCAGCUUCAGCCCCGACAUGGCUUGUACAAGUUAGCCACCAGCCAUUUAAAGAAAUCCUCCAGCUCCCUUAAGAAACGGUAAUUAGCUCGUGUGUCUGUUAGCAUGGCUUAUGUCUUGCUAAAUCUAAAUAACCCACUUUUAAUCCUUUCUUCCCCCCAAUUUUUCUUCCCCUCUUUCAAAAUGACCAGCCCCUUCCCACGCUCUUAACCAAUGUGCUAUUUCACAGAAUAAGUUUUUCUUUAAUCAAAUGUGUUGAGUCCUGAACUUUUAAAGCUUUGUUAUUUUAUCAAGAGGUUUGCUACCAGCCUUGUAUUUUUACAAUAAA